UGCCAGGUUGACCUGACAGUACCGCAGCCAUUGCGUCGUUUGAACGUGAAACUUAGCGCUGUUACUGAUAACAAAAUGGCUCUUUUUCGUGCACUUGGGCAGUCACUGAAGCCACUGGAGGCGAGACUAAUCACACCUACAUCCGCAUACCACAAAAACGUUAUUGAUCAUUAUGAAAAUCCCAGAAAUGUGGGGUCGAUGGACAAGAAAGACAAGGCCGUUGGGACAGGGCUGGUGGGCGCUCCAGCAUGUGGCGAUGUUAUGAAACUGCAGAUCAAGGUCGAUGAUGAUGGUAAAAUCGUAGAUGCGAAGUUUAAAACAUUUGGAUGCGGUUCUGCUAUUGCUUCCAGUUCCUUGGCCACAGAGUGGAUCAAAGGAAAGUCUGUGAAUGAAGCUCUAGAGAUCAAGAACACCGAUAUUGCAAAGGAGUUGAGCCUCCCCCCUGUAAAAUUGCAUUGUUCGAUGCUUGCUGAGGAUGCAAUUAAAGCCGCACUAAGUGAUUACAGAAUCAAGAAUCAGAAAGAGGAAGAGAGCAACGCAGAUAAAGAUGCCGUGGCUAACUAAGCAUGACCUAACCUGCUGACUACCAAGUUCACGUCACGAGAUUUGCUAUAUCAACCUAUCACCUAGACUCAAAAUUAGAGGGACAUUCAAACGGAACAGAGCAAAACCAUGAAUAUUCAGAAGUAAACUGUGAAGCUUGACCUGGCUAUUGCUGUGCUCAGUACCAGAGUUGAGUAUGAACCAUAAAAGUAACAAUGAUUGAGUAUGUUUACAUUUUUAAACGACUUGAUAUGGAUUGAUGUCAUGAAAAUGUUGAACUGCUUACACUCGCUGUAAAAUUGUGACAAUUACAUGUAUAUACAGCUAGUGCUAUCCACUAAUUAAUGUAUAUAGAAGUAAACCUAGCCGAAUUUUCAGUGGUGAUAUACAGCAGUAAAGGUAAUGUAGAACUGAAGAAAACAGGUCAACUAAAUAGAUAUAGCCGCACUGUGUCAAUGUCUCUUCAGACGCCAAUACUGAGUUAUCAGUAUGUUUUCAUAUAUUUUCCUGUUUCCACAGAGAUACAUUGGACUUCAGAGGUUCUGUUGCUGGUGAAAUCUCUGCAGAUUUCAAAUCUUUUGCUGUGUGGUUUGAAUCUGUAACUAUUGUUCUUAAAUAGAUUUUGACCUACUUACUUUUCAGGAUGUGAUGUAAAGUAAGCUUUUUUAACAAGCUAAAAAUUAGAUGCUCUAGCAUAGCCAAUAAACAUAUGAAGUCAUAUAGAUAGACCACAGGGGUUAAAUUUUCGAUAUUUCGGAGUGUUCUGUUUUAAAGGUUGACAGGGAAAAGACUCAUGUAGUGCGCACCUUUAAAUACAAAGUUCAAGGUUCAUAAUUUCCUUGAACGCUCUCUAGUGUCCGUGUAAGAGGAGCGAUAAAGUUGAUGGUGGUACCUUUCUUUAGCUGGUUAGUGUGAAAACCAGUCUCUUCAAUGAAAUAGCGUCAACUCGUAUCCUCAACCUCAUGACCAAAUUAGCAGCCACCCACUUUAGAACUAAUUCAUUUUUCGCUCGGUAAAGGUGGUGUAAUCUGAAAAACUGUAUAGGCUGUUGCAAGACCUGAUAAAUUAUUAGAGCUUGGUAGUAAACUUAUUGUUACAUUUUAUGUAUAUCCUUGGUUUCCGUCAAUGCUUUCUUGUGGUUCUUGAUUUGAUUGCCUAAAGCCAUAUGUAUAUAUGCUGACUACGAUACUGUGCAAACUGUAGCUGUAGUAGUGGCUCUAUGUACAGAUAAUUCAAUAACAGAAACGGGUAUAGUCACAGUGUUACAACAGAUUGUCUUGAAUUCUUGAUACAUGUAUAUUAAAGUCUCUUGAAUGCACCA